AUGCAAGAACCAGAAAUGCGCUUCUUAAUCAACGCCAUGCGGUCGCUGCACUGCGUCCAUUUGCUCUGCUCCAGGUCUCCCUCCCUCACCGCGUAUCUGUCCUGCUCCAUCACCACCUCCGUCCGCCUCUUCUCUGCUGCACCGUCGGGCACCAUGGCUUCUCAAUCGUGGCUGGACAUCCCCGCCAGCUCCCCCUUCUCGCUGGCCAAUAUCCCCUUUGGCGUCAUCUCCACCGCUCCUUCCGCAACCCCGCGGCCCGCCAUUGCCAUUGGUGACUAUGCCUUGGAUCUCUUCACGUUUGCUUCCGCCGGCGGUUUCUCGAAGCUGCCUGCCUUCCAGCCGCACAUUGAUGUCUUUGCGCAGCCCGUACUCAACGAGUUUGCUGCGCUGGGGCGACCAGUGCACCGUCAGGUCCGCGAGUACCUGCAGGACAUCUUCCGGGCCAACACCUCGCACCCCGAGGUUUUGAAGGACAAUGAGGAGCUCAAGAAGACUGCGCUUAUCCCCCGCAAGGAUGCCACCAACCACCUGCCCAUGAAGAUUGGCGACUACACCGAUUUCUACGCUGGCCUCAACCACGCCUACAAUGUUGGUGUGCUCUUCCGUGGCCCCGAUAACGCCUUGCAGCCCAACUACAAGCAUCUUCCAGUUGGCUAUCACGGCCGUGCCUCGUCUGUGGUUGUUUCGGGCACUCCCAUCCGCCGUCCCAACGGCCAGAUCUUGGCCAACCCCGCCGCGGACCCCAAGGUGCCCGUCUUCUCUCCCUGCAAGAGACUGGACAUUGAACUGGAGCUGGCUGCUUUUGUUGCCACCCCCAACAAGAUGGGUGAUCCAGUUCCCAUUGCUGAGGCGGAAGACCACCUGUUCGGUGUCGUGCUGAUGAAUGACUGGUCUGCCCGUGAUAUCCAAGCUUGGGAAUACAUCCCGCUCGGUCCGUUCAACGCCAAAAACUUUGCAACCACUAUCACCCCCUGGAUCGUCCUCAUGGACGCUCUCGAGCCGUUCCGCACCCAGGGUUUGGAGCCGGCAAACCGUGAGUCGAUCCUCCCCUACCUCCGCGAAAAGAGACCCGACUCCGCAUACGACAUCAAGCUGGAGUUCGAAUUGAAGAACAAGGGCGGCCAGCCAACCUCUGUCGCCAAGACCAACGCGAACAACCUGCUCUGGUCUUUCUCGCAGAUGCUGGCCCACCACUCCGUCACGGGCUGCAACAUGAACACCGGUGACCUGCUCGGCUCCGGCACCAUUUCUGGAACUGAGCCCGGCAUGUUCGGCAGUCUGUUGGAGAACACCAACGGCGGAAAGACUGCCAUCAAAUUGGCCGAUGGCUCGGAGCGGAAGUUCUUGGAGGAUGGCGAUGAGGUCACCCUGAGAGGAAUGGCAGGCCAGGAGGGAAGCUAUGUUGGGUUCGGCGAUUGCUUUGCUGUCAUUGAGCCCGGUCAUCAGAUCAACUGA